CCCCCCCGCGCCCCCCGGCCCGGCCCGCCCCCGCCGUGCCUAUCCCGGACCGGACCGCGCCCCGGCACUGCCCGCACCGCCACCGGCACCGAGCACGGCCACCGAGCACCGCGCGGAUUUGGGCAGCCCCAGGGCAGGAUGCCGUCGCAGCUGGAGCACGCCAUGGAGACGCUGAUGUUCACCUUCCACAAGUACGCGGGGGACAAGGAGCACCUGGCCAAGGAGGACCUCAGGGCGCUCAUGGACAAGGAGUUCCCGGGGUUCCUGGAGAACCAGCGGGACCCCAACGCGCUGGACCGCAUCCUGCGGGACGUGGAGCAGAGCCGCGAUGGCCGCGUUGGCUUCCAGGGCUUCUUCUCGCUGGUGGCCGGGCUCACCAUCGCCUGCAACGACUACUUCGUGCAGCACAUGAAGCAGCGCGGCCGCCGCUGAGACCCCCGCCCCUGGCUGCCCCCCGCCCACCUUGGGGUGCCCCCCACCCACCCGCGGGUGUCACCCCAAACCCGCCUGGGGGUG